AUGGACGGGGGCAAUAGCCUCAAGAUCUUGUACGUUGAGACUCUCGACGCCAUGUGCAUCUCGUGGUCCAAGUUCCACACCUCAGUUUUCCUAUUCCUUGGUAUCGUCCCGGGCAUGAGGGCGUACCCCCUGGGGAACAUAGACUUGCAGGUCACGUUUGGCGACCAUAGCAACUUCCACACUGAGACCCUGAUCUUCGAGGUGGUAAACUUUGAGAGAUCGUACCAUGCCAUCCUCGGGCAUUCGUGGUACGCCAAGUUCAUGGCGGUCUCCAACUACACCUACCUCAAGCUGAAGAUGCCUGGACCGAACGGCGUCAUCAUGGUGAGUGGCUCCUUCAAGUAG